AUGGCACCGAUUACAAGAGCAACUGCAAGAAGAUUAGGCCUCCAAGUAGAAGACGCCCAAGUGGCCAACUUAUAUGCAGAAUUACCAUCCAUGUCAAUUAAUGGACUGCCUGUCUUGCUUAGAGAAAGUGCCUUUAGACUCUAA